UGUUCGCACUAAGGAUUGAAGAAGGUGAAAUUAUUAAUAGCUAUUUAGAUCUAAUCUAUAGACCUUUAGCAUCAGAAGAUGAGUUAGAAAAUGAUAAUAAUAGUGAUUCAAGUUCCAUAAGCAAUAAUGAUGAUAUUCCAAUAGCAGGGACUCGAUGA